AUGGGAGAGAAAGUUCACUGCUGGGGAAUCCCGAUGAUCCUUUGCCUGAGGGAGGUCAAGAGCGCGGGAUCUGGGCAUGCCAAGACGUCGGGCCCGAUCUCAGCGCCGCCAUUGCGGAAUUCUUGUAGGUUUCUGAAGGGCAGAGGAGUUGGGUUUGCCUUCUUCUUGCCCUUCAUCAUUGAGAAGACACUCCCUGCAACACGCAGCAUGUUUGUCCCCUCACUGCCCUCAAUGGCUUCUCUGAUACCUCCGCACUCCUUCCCACGGAGGAGCAUAUCAGCCUUCGGGCGCCCGGACGAGGGCAGACAGUUGAGCAGGCGCUCGAGCUGCUCCUUAAUGUGCCUAAGAACUCCUGUGGAGGAGACACGGGGAGGAAAGCCCGAUCUGUUAAGCAGAUGGGUCCUUAAAAAGAUACAGGAAGCGUCGGGGCAGAACAAGAAACUUGCGGCCUUAGAGAAGGUGCUGAUGAACUUAGAAAUGACGCACGAAGACAUCUUCGACUGCUUCUACGUCGUUGCAUCUCGUUCAUACACCAAAAAUGUCGACCAGGCCAUCAAAAUCUUCAUAAAGGUGUUUAUGUCGUCUAUAUCGCAUCCCGAGGGGAUCAGAGUUACAGAAGAUGGGGCAGACAUGAUGGAGGAGCCGGAAGUUGAUUACCAACACCGCAAGUUAGCAUCUAAGUUUGUCAUCUUCAUCCUAAGAGGUCAGGGGAGGGUCAGUCCAAAAGUUGUUCAUUCCAUCAUCCGCUCGUUCCGCAUCUCAUCGGCGGAUCUCAAGGUGAACGGCCUCGUGGACCAAAUCUCACACGAGUACAUCACAAGAGAAGUCGAUCUCGUCGGGUAUCGUGACCUCCACCGCCUCAUCUCUUUCCUCCAGUGUGAAGAUUGCAUCUCAGUGCAAGAUGCUGCGCGAGAGUAUGCGGGAGAUGGGAACUGGAAUGUUGCCGAGACUCUCAUCAGGCUCAUGGGAAAUGGGAAUGAUCGCUCCUGGUUCGUGAAGUACUCGAUCGACUCUGAGCAGUACAAGGUUGCCUUGAGACUGGCAGAAAUGUGGGAGGUUGGAAGUGAUGAAGAUGGUGUAUCUCUUUUAGAUCAGGCGAAGGAGAGGUACAAACAGCAGCAGAUCCUGAAAUUGUUGAAGAACAAGAUGAUUGAGGGAGCAGUGACUUACGUCAUGCAUGAGGAAAAUGAUACUUUGAGAGAUUACCUUGGAGUUUUCCUGUUCCAUCAGCUCUGUUCCCUGCGAAACUUCGAGCUGGCAGACAAGAUACGGUCAAAGUUUCAACUUGAAAGUCAAUGUCCGCCAGUCGACAACGACCUGAUCCGCGAGUCAAUCCGAAAGAUCAAGGAGGAGAGCAAGAAAUAUCUCAGGAUUCCUCCCAAGUGUAAGAUGCUCCUCGUGAACAGUCCAAGCUCGUUGGUAGAAGCUUCUCUUGUUCUUGACAAACUUGAUAGGGAAUCAUACAUGAACCAUUCGGACGGUUCUUACACGGCCAGCGACUCAAUCUGGUCUUACACUGCACAUCUGCCCCCAGCGAUCGGAAUCGAUGCAGAGUGGAAGCCGAUACGGCGAACCAACGAGAGGAAUCGGGUGUCGCUGAUGCAGCUCUCUACGACGACAAACGAGUGCAGGCGAGGGAGCUGGAAGAAGCCAAAGGGGCAACUGUUCUGCCAAUCCUUAAAGAACGUCGUGGAGAACAGCAAGAUCGUCAAGCUCGGUUUCGAGCUCAGGGAUGACAUCCGGAAGAUCCGACAAGUGGGCGCAGACAUGACCCAACUUGGGCCUCUGGUGGAGGCUGACGCGCAGGAUCGGCAGGUCAACGGAGUCUUUGACCUCUCCCACUGGGCGAAAAGUUCUCGUCCUCGCACCAAGAAGUACCAGAGCAGCCUUGCGGGCCUGUCAAGGGAAGUUCUAGACGGGGCGGAGCUGAACAAGGAGCAGGCGAUGAGCGACUGGAGCCAGCGGCCUCUCUCAGCUCCCCAGCUGCGGUACGCGGCGUUGGACGCGCUAGUCCUGCUCCCCCUCUUCAAAGAAGCUGCAAAGUCUUCCUCGUGGGAGGAGGCGCUACAGACCUGGAAGGCCUGA